AUGGGCCUGACCGACUUUCAGCGCGUUGGCCUUAUCGGCCUUGGGGCAAUGGGGUAUCCUAUGGCCCAAAAUCUGGCAAGAAAGCUUCCAGUUGAAACUAAGCUGGUUGUCUUCGACAUCUCGUCGCCUGCGGUGGAAAAGAUUGCUGGAGAAUUUCCCGAAAAGGUGGAGAGAGGGAAUAGUGCCAGGGAAGUUUUCAGCAGAUCGGAUGCAGUCAUCACAAUGCUUCCGGAAGGCCAUCAUGUAAGAUCAGUCUACACGGGACCUGACGUGCAUCUCGAUUCCGAGUGUCUCGAGGGCAGGAUCUUGAUCGACAGCUCGACCAUCGAUGUCGACAGCAGUCUCGCUGUCCGAGAUUUUUUGAAGGGGGUCGCGCCAACUGCGUCAUUUUAUGCAGCACCGGUCAGUGGAGGAGUCUAUGGGGCGUCUGCUGGCACACUUGCAUUCUACGUUGGCAUCACAGACUCUGAUGGCAACUUUGAGACCGUAAAGGAAUUACUUUGUUGCAUGGGCGACAAGGACAAAAUCAUUCCCUGCGGAUAUCCUGCUUCGGGGCUGGUUGCGAAAACUUGCAACAACUACCUUUCUGGCGUUAUGAACAUUGCAGCGUGUGAAGCAAUGCACCUGGGCGUGAGUGCCGGGCUUGAUCCCAAAAUCCUGCAUCGUGUCAUCUGUGCAGGGGCAGCCAGGAAUGGCAUCAUCGAGCGAAGUCAGCCUGUGCCGGGCAUAGUCCCAACUGCACCGUCCACCAGAGGCUACUCUCCAGGCUUCAAGGCAAGUCUUAUGGCGAAAGACGUUGCCCUGGCGGUGAAGCUGGGGGAGACAUCAAAGGCUAAUUUGGUUCUUGGAUCAACCGCCUUGUCCACUUAUCAAAGCGUGCUGCCCGAGUCCGGAGAUCUCGAUUUCACGGUCUUGUAUCGACAUAUUGCAAAGGGGGCGUCACACCAGCAGGAGACAAAUGGAAGCUAG